CGCUUGGUGUAACCGUGCGACUUCUCCCUUUCUCGAGUCUGGGGCUGUGGUAGUCAUGGAUGCCUUGGAUCGAGUUAUAAAACCCAAAACGAAAAGGGCCAAGAGAUUCCUUGAGAAGAGAGAACCAAAGCUCAGUGAAAAUAUUAAAAAUGCCAUGCUGAUUAAAGGGGGAAAUGCAAAUGCAAUAGUGACACAAGUACUUAAAGAUAUGUAUGCACUGAAAAAACCAUAUGGCGUUCUAUAUAAAAAGAAAAAUAUUACAAGACCAUUUGAGGAUCAGACAUCACUGGAAUUCUUUUCAAAGAAGUCAGAUUGUUCUUUAUUUAUGUUUGGCUCCCAUAACAAGAAGCGGCCAAAUAACCUAGUAAUAGGUCGCAUGUAUGACUACCAUGUGCUGGAUAUGAUUGAAUUAGGUAUUGAGAAGUUUGUGUCGCUCAAAGAUAUUAAGAAUAGUAAAUGUCCUGAGGGAACAAAACCCAUGUUAAUAUUUGCUGGUGAUGCUUUUGAUACAACUGAAGACUAUAGAAGACUAAAAAGUCUUCUCAUUGACUUUUUCAGAGGUCCCACAGUAUCAAAUAUUCGCCUGGCUGGAUUAGAAUAUGUUCUGCACUUCACUGCACUGAAUGGGAAGAUUUACUUUCGAAGCUAUAAGUUGCUGUUGAAGAAAUCUGGUUGCAGAACACCACGGAUUGAAUUGGAAGAGAUGGGACCUUCAUUGGAUCUGGUUGUGAGGAGGACACACCUGGCGUCAGAUGACCUUUAUAAAUUAUCCAUGAAAAUGCCAAAAGCUCUCAAGCCAAAGAAGAAGAAAAAUAUCUCCCAUGAUACUUUUGGUACAACUUAUGGAAGGAUUCAUAUGCAAAAGCAAGACCUAAGCAAACUACAAACUAGGAAAAUGAAGGGGUUGAAAAAACGACCUGCAGAAAGAAUAACAGAAGAUCAGGAGAAAAAAUCAAAGAGAAUGAAAAAACAUUAGUGAAUUUAGACAGCCAGUGCAGUUUUAUUCUGAUCUCUUAAAAAGAGUUGCCAAGCUUCAGUACAUUCAGUUUCUUACAAGAUUUUAUCACAGGGCUGGGGAUGCAGCUCCGUGGUAGAAUACUUGCCUAGCUUGCAGGAUGUUUAGUCCUCAGCAGGACGCGUGCACAUGCACACACACACAAACACACACACGAUUUUAUCAUAUAUUUUUAUAACAUGAUAACUAUAUAUUAUUAUGAACAAUAAUACAAAGUAAGCCUGUUACUUAUACAGUUAAAUCCUGGUGUACUGUCUUCUCUCUGAUGUGAUAUCCCCUGCCUCUCAAAACUUCUCACUGGGUGAAUGAAGGAGAAGGGAUCUCCACAACUAUUGGUGUUAUUUAAGUUUCUAGGUUGGGUCUUGGAUAAAGGGAGAAAGCAAUGGGAAGCAGAAGUGAAUAAAAGGAGGUAUAUAUACAUGUACAUUCUCAAUAUAAACUACCUGGAAUGUCAACCCCCAUCUCCUAUGUAUAUCUACAACAUGAUUUUUAUUUUUUA